GGGGUAAGGCGGAUGAGGCCGUGCCUGCCCCCCCUCUACUCCCCCCCAAAAGGCGACGGUCGGACAUGUAGCCCCUUCUCCCGAAGCCCUUGCGCGGCGGCGGCCCCGAUCCUCCGAGGCCGCCUCCAGGCCCUCGCCAAGCCCGCGCGUAAAAACGCGCCGCGGUUGCGCAGCGCCCGAGCGCGCAAGAGGAGAACCCCCUUUUAGGAGAGAGAGAGGACGGGGGGCACUUCUCUCCUCCUCCCCCAAGUUACCGUCUCGGGGGUCGUUAUCCUGGUUUUUUCCCCUCCCCUUUCUUUUGGAUUCCUCGGUUUCCACGCAGAAGGAGGAGGAGGAGGAGUUGGAACCGAAGUCGCUCCGCUUUUGCGCCUCCGCCGGGCGCGCGCUCUCUCUCGGUGGUGGUUUUGGCUCCGGCGCAAAGAGAGGGAGGGAGUGCUUUUUGGGGGGUUUCUCUCUUUCUGCGCGGUUUGCGGGGCCGAUCCCGAGCCUGACACGCGAGCAAGAGGAGGACCUUGCGGGGCAAAGGACGGCGCUCCCCCCCCGCGCCGGUUCCGACGUGAAGGAAUCCCUGGCUGGCCUCGGGGACUUAAACCGGGUGAAACAGAAGCCGAUCCGGAGCGACGAGUCGGGAAAGAAGAGUCGGGGGAACGGGGGGGGAAGAUCCGAAGGAUCGCGGAAGGUCCGCGGCGCUCCUCGACCAUGGGAGAGCGUGGGAGCGAAGGCCCGAGGAUUCCGGCCCCUGCGAGAGGACGCGCCUUUCUCCGAACACAGCAAAGCCAGUGGUUAGCUCAAGAGAGAACUUGAGGAGACCCCUGUUUUCCCCCUACGCCUGCUUCUGUAACCAAACAGAGUAUUAACUGUAUGUACUCUCCAGUUGGGAAGCUGCUGAACAUCUCUGGCCAAUCUGCCCCAUGUAACAAGAACGCUUCAGUGCCGUAAUCCUUAAAGGAUGUCUGCAUUAAACCACAAGAGCUUAGCUGAAUGUAAGGCGAAAGAUGUAGAGCUCUAUUGUGCUUGGAGAGGACAGUUACUCAUUCAGGAGCAGCAACUAUGUGACAUUGUCUUCCGCUCACCAUUUAGUGGCUCCAUCCCAGCACAAUUGCCAACCAAACUAGACAUUGGACACGUUGUGGCCAUAUCUGAAUUGAGAAAAAAGUUCCCCGAAGCUGCAUUUAGAAGAAACAAUUACUCAGAUCAUGAAGUCAUCUCUCAAGACAUGCGGUUCCGUUUAUAUGAAGUGGAAAUGUUAAGUCAGGAUGGGCCGAAAGUGGAACAAUUAAUAGAGUACUUGAAAGAAAAAGAUCUAGCACUUGUCAAAUAUUUAAAUAAUCAGAGGGUUCUCAUCUUACUGGCUUCAACUGCCUUGGUGAAAGAAAAAGAUUCGAGCCCAGAAGAACCUGCACGUUUGCAGGCCUUGUUUUUAAUCCCGUCGCCUGGACCAAAGUGUGCAUCAGCAAAAGAUGUCAGAUGCCGACACAAGAAAGAGGAGAUCCCUGCACAAGUUGCUCUGGUGCUGGCCAGCCUUCGCCAUGCCCUGUUGGAAGCAGCCAAGCAUGGGGACGGAGGUCGAACCCCUCCCAACGCUCUGGUUCAGCAGCAUAUCCAAGAGUUUGCAAAGCGGCCAAAGACUUUGGACUUGGACGGUCCUGACUGCUCGCCCCUCUCCUUUGAAUUGGACCUUGGUGCCCCUUCCGAAACAUGUCCCCCCAGCGCUUACAGCCACCUGCAGUUCUACCUGUUGCAACCCCAAAAUUAUGCUUUGGAAAUAGCAACCGCCGUUACUUGCUUGGGUACCGGCUCUCCGUCUCCUCCCCGCGGUGGCAUGCAGGAGGCCGUUGCUCCUUCUGCUUUAACUUCAGACCCUUUGCCUCCCGGGAUUCCCACAGACGUGGGCAAAAUCUCCCUCCGGCCUCGGUGUGCGGCACAGGCGAAUUCGUGCAACGGCAGUGCUCCCCCAAAACCCAACCUGAUUGGGGAUCGCCCAUUGCAGCGGUGUAAGAGGAGAUCCAGCAGGCUCCUGGGGGCGAGCGCCAGGAAGAUGUGGUCCCCUCUGAAGGCUCUCUGCCUGAUGGAGAACAACAAGAAACGGAAGAAAAAUAUAAGGAAGAAGAGGAGUCUACCUUCUCUGCCUUUGAAAAGGAGCCUCUCUCCCCCACCGACGAAGCAAAGUUUGGGACGUACAGCGGAUUUUUGUGAACCCACCCUUAAAUUAAAAAAUCUUCAGAAUCCUCUAAGAAGGAAAAGAGGUGCUGAAGUCUUGUCUGCAGAAUUUGUGCAGGAGACGAGAAACGAGUUGGCCACGAAAGCCACUGUUUCGUCUGACGACCUCGAUCCUUCGGGAAAAAAGCCACGGCUCUUGAGAUGCAACACGGACGGAGAAAAGCUUAAAAGCAUAGAGCAAAUGGACAUCAGGAGGCCCGUCACACGGAGAAGCGCCCACCAGGAGAGCCAGAUGGAGGUUGGGGAUGAGAAUAAACCUUGGGCUGCCCAGGACAUUUGCUCCACUCCAAAGAGGGAAGAAUGCGAUUCCCACGCCUUGAACAUGCUGGCGGACCUGGCCUUGAGCUCCUGCAACUCUCCCUUGGUCAGUAACGGCAGCCGAAGCCCUCCGGUCGGGGCCAGCCCGUCCCGGGAGCACCGCUGCGUCCAGGAGGGGAAGACCUUGUGCAAGGCUUCGGAUCACGAGUAUCACAGAGCCACGAGAAACUGGAGAGGCGGCGGUUCCCUUUCGGACCAAAAAAGCGGGCCGUCGCUCUCGCCUCCCGGGCGCAGCGGUCUCGGCCCAGAAUCGCCUUCCAGCUCCCAAGAGAGAGGAGACCCUUUGAGUCCCCGAAGAAAAGGGGGCACAAAGCCCGCGGUUUCUCCAAAGGAGGUGGGAGAGCUGGCCGACCCAGGCAUGCAGUCCUUGAUUUCCUCGGAACAUUCGUACGCCUCCCUGGCGUCGGACUCUUCCAAGAAAGGAACCCCCCCUGCUGCUCUGGAUUCCAGGAAUGGGGUGAAGCACGCCAAGGCCGGGCCCUUGGGCCUGCCCGGCAAAGUCUUACCUUUCCGACACCAGCAGCACCUCUGCCCGCCCCACAAGCAGCUGAAGAACUGUGUGCCCUUCAUGCGCUCCACCAUCAUGGCCCAGCGGUUGAAGGAAGACUUCUCCAAGUUCCGGAAAGUCGCUUUUUGCGACCGGACGGUGAAAGUGACCUUCCAGCGGGAAGCAGAGUACCUCUUCAGCUUAGAUAGCAAAUACACGAGUCACCCCUUAGAGAAAACCGUCAUCCGGGCCGUCCACGGCCCCUGGGAUGUCGAUCUGCCGGACAACGUAGAAGAGAUGAAGCUCAUCAUUCAUAUGUGGGUGGCUCUGUUUUACAGCAAGCCGUUCAAAUCUCCUCUCACCAGGACCGUCGUUGAGCACAGCAACCCCGCCAAGUAUGUGUCGCUGAACAGUGUAGUGGAUCCUUUUGAAUUCCUUGAGGAUGCUGAAGGCUCCUGCAACUUGGAGAAAGGUCCUGCAGACUCUCUUUCGGAGGCCAACCGGACGCCCAGCGAGGUCGACGAGCGAGCGUUUUCUCCCUCCGAGAAGCCUCUCUCUUGUAGCAGACCGUCCUCUACGGAUGGCAUGGAGGACGAACCCCCGCUGGUGAAUUCGGAGGAACCUUCCGGCCUGCCUUGGAAGGAAGACCAUAUCCCCUCCGCGGUCUGCAACUCCAAGGAUGUCUCUCCUUCCCGCGACACGGAGGAUGAAAAGGAACUGGAAGAAGAGCCAUUGCUUGGUUCUCUCGUUUCUUCAGAGAGCCCAAACAGAAACACAUCCCAUGAACAGAGUGAUGGGCAUGCACAGCCUCAGACAUUUAGAGCUGAUGUCGAAGCGGAAGCAAAGAGAGCUAUUAACAUAGUUGACGUGACCCAGAGUGAUACUAUUCCCACAACUGCUGAACUUCCAGAAAGUUCAGUAAGCAAACAGCCUGUAGCAGGCCCUGAGGUUGAGAGUCAGGAGAUAAAGAGUGACUCUCUUCCUCUGGAGAAGAAAGACAGCCAACAGACUGGUGGAUCUGAGCCACUACAUACUUUGGCAGUACAGUGGACAGAAGCGAAUGCCGUGUCGAGAGUAGAUAUCAGCCCAUGCAGAGACGGGAGAGAAUCCCAGGAUCUCACCAUGGAGGAAGAAGACGUAAGUGAAGAGAGUACAGAGUGGGAAUCAAUUGACCUCGCUCUUUCUGAGAGUAACGAUACUGACAUGGAACCCCAAGAUGUGGACCUGGAUCAAGAGAAUGAGGAACAGCUGAUGGAAAGUAGUGUCGUAGAAGAGAGAGAAGCAGACACAGCCUCGCCAAAGGACAGUCCUCUGCCCUCUACCCAAAAAGUCUCUGCGUUAUCAGCCCCAAACUCUGCAUCUCUCAAUCCAGUGGAUUUGGUCGAGGUUCCCUGCCUUUUACGGGACGAUAGAGUAGACAGCCUGGUUGGUGUUGCUACAGCCAGCUCUCAGAACCACGAUGAAGAAAAUGAAUCCACAAAGGUCGAAGGCACUGUCAAGUGUUCUGUGUGUCCAAACCAAACGGCUGGGGAUGACCUCUUGGUUAUUUCUGAGGAAGAUAAAGCAAUCGGCUUGACAGAAGCAAUGCCCAAGUGCACUUCUGAAUUAUUUCAAGCCGAGUAUGACGCAGCAGCUCAAGAAGAAUUGGUAAAGAGCCAGGAUUCUCUUGUGAAGAGUCCAUUGUGUGCAGCCCCAGUGGAUUUGGCUGAUAUUUCCUGUGUUUCCAGGGAAAAUCAAGAUAGCAGUUUGACUGAUCCGGUUAAAAUGCAGGCUAGUCCUGCCCAUCACACUGUUGCUGCUGAAGGUAUAGAUUUGUCAGGAGAGCAGGAAGCCUCUGCGGAACCAACUGAGCACCAGGUAUCUCAGAGUCAAAUAGAUUUGAUUGAAGAUAUUUCCCAGGAUGGCGCUGAGUGGAUAGGUGCAAGUACACUGGACAAUUGGGAACCAUGCCGAGCCCAAAGUGAUACGUCAACUCACAGUGAAUCUGCGAGAAACCGAGACGGUUCUCCUGUAUCAGCCGAGAAUCUUGCACUAGCAGAAGAAAUGGAUUUCCUGCCAGGUUCUUCCAUUCCCCAGGAAGAGGGAGGAGUCCACUUGGCUGACACGGCUCAGUUGCCAGGUGGUCCUGGGGAAUUAACAGAAUUGCCGAGGAACCAGGAAGAGACCGUUGUGGCAGCCAGUGAUGCCGCACUUCCAGAGAAAGUGGAUUUCACUCGGGAGUCCUGUGUUCCCCAGGAAAAGCAAGCAAGCCGCCUCCCUGAAAUAGCUCCACUGCUGGCUAAUGAACAGCACAGCACUGUUACCCAAAAUGAGCAGGACUCUAGACAGACAGAAGUGAUGAACAGGUCUUCAGGUGGAAAAGAAAGCCAGUGGUUGGAAGAGGAUAAUACAGAAUUUGCACCCGAUUCUGAAAAUAGAGAGUGCGGUGUUGAAGAGGAGAAUAUUGGAGCCUCUUCUGUAACUCAAGAGAUAGUGCCUGGUGGGAACAUAAGCCAGAUGGCAGGGACUGAAUCCGAAGGUACCCUCUGUCAUGCAUUGAUAGACACUGUGAAUGCCACGGCAGUGGAGAGCAAAGAAACUUGGGCUAAAGAAAAUUCCAACUUGACGUGGAUUAGUUCGGUACACCUGGAGAGUGUGACUCCCCCCGAGAGUGAUGAAGAGAGUCCUACAAGCAACCAGCUUGCCCAUCCUGACAAAAAAUGGGUGGUUCAUGAAUAUCUACACCAGGACAGCAUUGUUGCGGACCACGAGAGGGCCGCUUCAGAAGAUCAGAGGCCUGGUCUUCCAGCAUUGUGUGAAACCAUGAAGGGUCGUCAAAGGGAAACGUUUGAAAGAGAGACUCUUCCAGAGAACGAAGCUUCCUCCGCUGCCAUCACGGAGGUGAUUCCAAGUUCUUUGGGCACGUUUGGGGCAGACGUGGACAGAGAACAUCUGGAAUGUACACCCCGUCCGGCCGAAAUCGCGGAGUUGUCACAAGAAGAGAAGUCUUCUGAGUUGUGUGAAGUUGACGUAGAAGAAGGCAGCCGCGAAGCCUCCAUGCCUGAGGAGGAAGAGAAGGCGAGAGAAGUAGGCUCGGAAAUCAUUCCCUGCUUGCUAGCAGAAAGUCCCAUCGAGUCCUGCUCAGAAGAAGCUGCUUCCUGUACACCUGGAGAUGCAAGAGAAAGUCUCUGGUUUCCCGAAGAGGCUGGCUCCAGUGAAAUGCCACGCUUGCCUACCAGAGCUGCACAUAUGGCUCUGAACUGGGCAGGAGAGUCUUCUUUGGUGGAUGGUGGCCAAGCAGUUGCUGGGGAUGCUUGUUGCAGUAAGCCUGGGGGUCUGUCUCGUACGCUAUCCACGGCGGUACCUGGAGACGUGGCACCUAACUUUGUCUGUGACUUGAGCCUGAAUAGAGAGACUUCUCAGCAUGCCGGCUGGAUGUAUCUGGAGGACAAGGAGAGGAUGCUGGAUGCUGAAGUGGAGACUAUGGAGCACGAUGGGCCGUUUACGUCUGAAGACUACGAUAGGCCUAUAACACCCUCCUUCGAUAACAGCCACAAGCCCAGUCCCCUCAAAGAUUAUAUAAACUUUUCUGUAACGAAGAAGCAGAAGGAGAAAACGAGAACAUUCCACUCACCCGAACACCGUGAUGGUUUCCCAAGAAAACUGGGAUCUGUGCCCUUCUGGAGUAAGACUUGGGGACUAUGGAACGAUCCUGUUCAGGACACUUUAGAUGUGGAAUGUUUGCGUUUUCAUUAUAAAGUCAAACACAUCCUGAAGAAAUCACAACUUUCUACCUCUACGGCUAUCUUUCCGAAAGAGUUUCCCUCUGAGGUAAGGACAGAAACGUUCCUAUCGAGGCACGUACCGGAAGGCCCUGCUUUGAGUCCACCACCCAGAAGCCAAAGUCCUCUUCUGAUCACAGUUAGGAACUCAGGGCCAAGGUUCAGGUCCUCCUACCAUGACGCCAGAAGUCGCAGAUACAGGGAUGAUUUUGAACCUCUUCCUCCUCCACUUCCUUUUGUUUCUACACCGGAGUCACUUAGCAAAGCUGCUAGAUGCAAAAAUCACGGACAAAGCCCAGUCCCUCCUUUCCACCUCAACAAACUAACUUACAAUAAUAAGCUAAAAGAUUUCCGAGGGGAUAUCUCGGUCAUUAUGGACGAGUUUGCCGAGUUGAGCAGGGUGAUGACGAGGGAUGACAGGCAGACGAGUCACAAAGGACAAGAUCCGCUGACUACCUCAGAAGAUGCUUCGGAAGAAAGGUGUCCAUUCUUGCCUCGAAGAUCUGCGGUCUACGAGCACCUCUUCACCGACCUGUGCAACACACUACACGUCAGGCUUAAAAACGUUGUCCAGGAAGCGUGCAAAAAACCGUACGCAUUCUACUUGAUGGAAACCGAUGACGAUCCUUUCUUUGGGAGAGUAAAGAAUUUACUGAAAAAAGGGGGCCACACGGAAACCGACCCUCUGCACUUCUGCAAGACAAGCCACGUGGAAACAGACAGGCUGAUGGUCAUCAUUAGAAAUGAGGACAUAUUUCCACAUAUACAUAAGAUCCCUUGUUUGCUGAGGCUCAAGCACAUCCCCAGCGUGACCUUCGCCGGCGUCGACAGCCCCGAGGACAUCCUGGACCACACCUAUCAGGAGCUCUUCCACCGGGGAGGGUUUGUGGUGUCAGAUGACAAAAUACUGGAGACAAUGACAGUGGGAGAGCUGAAGGAGAUGGUGAAGACUUUGGAGACGCUCCGGAGCUAUGGGAGGUGGCGGUGGCUCCUUCACUACCAAGAGGUGAAGCAGCUCCGAGAGAAAGCCCGGGUGGAUCCUGCUGCUCACGCCAAAGAAUCGCUCCUGAAGUCUUCCCAAGGAGCAAAUCUCCUUGAAAUUCUUCACUACCAUCAGUGCGACUCAAGGGCCUCCCCGAAAUCUGAGCACCUGAACUGCAUGCUGAAUUUGCAGGUUCAACAUAUCAGUGAGAGGUUUGCUGUGUUUCUCACAGAAAAGCCCAGCGCCAACCGAGACACCUUGGAGAGCAAGGGCAUUCUGGCGCUGGAUGUCAAUACGUUCCUUGAGACAGCGGAAGACAUGGCGACGUUGGGUCGAAGCAGUUGCUGAUAACCAACGAGGACAUCUCCCUGAUCUCCAGGCACUACACAGAAUGAACUGCUCUUCUGUUACUUUCUACAUAAAAUCCUCGGAACGGACAUGGUUUUCCUCCCUCAUUUCCCAGAGAUGCAGAAUAAAUGCUGCACGUGCAGCCGCAACAGGACGUGUUACUUUAAUAUAUCUAUCUAUAUUUAUCUCCUUCACUUUCUCUUGAAUAGGACAGUAGCCGCUUUGUUUAAGGGCCUCCAGAGAAGACUUCUCUUUAUUUAACCACCAUGUGGAACUUCGCAAGGAAAAUGUAUUUUUGUGUUAUGAAUUCUCUUUUGACUUAAGAAAAAAGCAUUUUAAGUAUCUUGUUGUACAGUUGAAUAAGAAGCUAUCAUAGGAAAAAAAAAGAUGCCUGUUUACUUGAAGGUUUAGGAAUCAGUCCAUUUAAGCAGCUUUUCAGAUGUGGUACGUACGGGGCACGUUCCUGCUCACGCUACUACUAUGUUACUUGGCCUUUGCACAACUCUCCUCCGAUUUAGCUGAGCCGGUGUAGGAUGACUUCCCAGUGGACUUUGUGAGUGGUGUACUUGAAUUACGAGCAUCGUAGGGUCUGGCCGUUUUUAUUUCAUUUUCUGUGUCAAAACAAACUCUUGGAUGUUAACUGUGCAAAUGAGCGUUGCCUUUCAAAGUUAUUUUGUUCUUCUUUUGCUGAUGGGUAUCUUUUGACGAGUAAUAAGUAAGACCUUCCCCAGCCCUUUAGGUAGCAUGGUUUGAAUUCUGAAAUCAGGCCUCCUUCCUUUUAACACUUCCUAUUUAUAGUAUUUGCAAUAAAGAAUUUCACUCAAUGGCAGCACUAGUGAAAAUAAACCUUGGUAAAAGAACAUUAAGGUCUCCUCUUUGGAGAAUGGUUGUUUUGGGUGGGUUUUUUGUUUUGUUUUUUUGUAACUGAUCUUUUUAAAUAAAGCUGGCUGAAAAGUU